AUUACACUAUACCAAGUCACAAACACUAUCGCAUGGGCAACAGACUGCUUCAGUACGAACUGGGCCUUUCUCAACGGAACAUCCUCUCAAUAAAGCACAGACCUCAUUCAAUCAGAAUGGAAAACUCAACUACAUUAGACGAAGAAUCUAAAUUCUGGCUCGAGGAAAAGUUGAUUCCAAAUUUGAAAUUGGUUUUGAAUCAAAAAGAAUGUCUUGUAAAAUACGAAAUAUUGCCGACUCCAGCUCCUCUUAUAAUGUCCAGUCUGUUUUUUCUCGAAAUAAAAUUUUGUGCCAACGAAAAGGAGAAGUUAUAUAGUCUAGUUGUCAAGAGACCUGCUAGAUCAGAGUUCUUAAGAGAACUCACACAAUCCGAUAUUAUCUUCCACAACGAAAUCCUCUUUUAUAAUAAAUGUGCCAAAAACAGUGAGGAUUACCCGCGAUGUUUUUUCACGCUUGAAGAACCACCCAUUAAUUCUGUCAUCAUCCUCGAGAACAUCAGUAAACGAGGAUAUCAUGUCUGUCCACAAAAGGGGAACCUUGAUGUGAAAUAUGUCGUCGCAGCUAUGCAGGAGAUUGGGAAAUUCCAUGCGAAGGCCUACGUUCAAAAAGAGAAAUGUCAAAGCAAAUUUUUCGAGAUGCUAAACAACAUCAAGGAAUCAAGAUAUACUCUUGAAUAUAGAGAGAAUAAUCAUUUUCCAUUUAUGAUUAACUCUUUAGCCAAGAGAGUAAUACAAAAACUUCGCUCAGAAAAUUACGAUAAAGUGUUUUGUGAUAAAGCCGAGGUAUUUUUCAAUAAUGCUUUUGAGAAUGUUAUGAUGACAGCGGUCAACUCUAAACUACCUUUGGCAACCUUGUGUCAUGGAGAUUUUACGAGAAACAACGUUUUCUUCAGGGAAAGUGAUUCAGGUUUGAAAGCUAUGCUUUUUGACUUUGCACUGAUAACUUAUGGAUCACCAGCAAUUGACCUUUCAACUUUUCUGUGUUUGAGUGCUAAGAGAGAGGAUAGGAAAAACAGGUUCAGUGAGAUUUUUGGGGCUUAUCAUAAUUCUUUGAUGGAUUAUUUGAAAGAGGCUGGUUUAGAAAAUCUUGAGAAGUUUUCAAAGGAGCGAUUUUUUGAGGAUUAUAAAAGACAUGCACUUUUCGGUUAUUUCAUCGCAUCAUUUUUUUUGCCAGUUUUGCUUGAAUUGGAAAUGCCUAAUCUUGAGAUAAUGACUUCUGAAGAAGAGAUUCUAGCAACUAUGUCAAAAAUUGGAGGAGAUAAAUUUACCGAAUUAGUUACGGAAAUGUUACUGGAUAUGCGAGAAAUGGGGUGCUUGGAUCAUAUUCUAAAUUGAUAGAAUGAGGUCAUCUAAUAAGUAAUGCUGCAUAUUUGGGAUUUUUUCCUGAAAUUUUUCAGUCUUUGUUAACUCUUCGCUUGGAGCGAUGUAAUAAGUUUUUUUUUGUUAUCAUCUGCUUUCUUUUCAAUAAUGCAAGAAAGCUGAAUGAUUUUCUGCAAUUUUAAGCUUUUUGACUUUUUACUUAGUAAGAAAUAAUAAAUAAUAUUAUUAAUAUUAAUUCAAACAAAAAAGCUAUUCUUAACUGCUUCAGAGAAAAUUUAAAUUUUAUAUCAUCCAAAUAGAACAUGUGAAGAAUAUUUCAAAUAUUUUUUUUAUUUAAGUAAUUAUGUAUGUUUAAAGAAAGAAAGAUAUUUUCCAAAAUGAUUCUCUCUAAUACAUAUUAUUCAUUAUUUUUUUUUAUUAAAAAGCCAAGGCAAAGUUUAAAAUUUUAGGAAAACAAACCACAGCUUUCUAGGAGCAAUCUAAGAGAAAAUAGUUAUAAAUAACAAUAAAUUGCUUAAGGAAUUACAUUUGGUAAUUUGAAAUAAUGGUUAAAUCACUUUAGAAUUUAUGCAAUUUAUGCAAUUAGUUUGAAAGAUUAUUAUUUCUUUAAAUUUGUAGAAAAAUAUAAGGUAAAAAUUAUUGUAAUGUUUCAAUGAAAAUAAUAGUUUGAAUCUUUUUAUGUUGCAAACUAUUUAUUAAAUCAAUAGUUGCUUCAUUUUUACAUAAUACUAAAUUAC